AUGAAUAGUGGACAUCACCAACAUGAUCCAAAUUUCACAAAGGAAAAGAAAUUCUAUGAAUAUAUUACAAAUUUACCAUCUGAAACUAUAUCGAAAGUUAAAAAUAAGCCAUUAGAAGUUUUAAAAUUAAUUGAUAAUUAUCCAGAUUGGUUUAUGAACAUUGGUCCCAAAAAGGGAGAAAUAAUAACCAAAGAAAUAAGGUCCAAAAAACCUAAAAUUUUAAUUGAAUUGGGUGGUUAUAUUGGUUAUUCAGCCGUUUUAUUAGCAAAUGAAAUUAUAGACGAUCUUGAUGCUAAAUUUUAUUCAUUUGAAUUAAACCCUGAAUUUGCUAAAAUAUCAACUGAAGUAAUUAAAUUAGCUGGAUUAUCUCGAAAAGUUGAAAUAAUUGUAGGUAAAGCAAGUUAUAACCUACCAUUAUUUAAAGAAAGAUUACAGUCGGAAAAGGGACAAUUUGUACCUUUGGAUUUUAUAUUAUUAGAUCAUUGGAAAAAUUUAUAUUUACCUGAUUUAAAAUUAAUGGAACAAAUAAAUUUAAUUGCACCUGGAACUUUAAUUUGUGCUGAUAAUGUUAUAAAACCUGGUGCACCUGAAUAUUUAAAAUAUCUUAGAUAUUCGCCAGAAGAAAAGAAAGAUUAUAAUUUAAAUUAUAAAGAUCCUGAUUAUCCUGAUUUAAUAGGUAGAUGGAAUUUAAUAUAUGAUACUGAAACUAUUGAAGUUGUUAAUGAUAAAGGUUUUAAAGAUGGGGUUGAAAUUACAAAAUGUACUGAUUAUUUGAGUGGUUAA